AUGCCACGGUAUUGCUGGAGCAGCCUUAUCGACCCCGCGACUCUGGAGCCCGAACGCAACUUCGAGCGGAGGAGCAUAGGCGAUGAUGGACCUAGCUUUAAGCCAGCGUGGGCAAAAGGCGGCCGGGGAGGCGAAGGCGGCCUUGUUCGACCCUCAUACCCAGUACCCAUCCGGAGCAAGCUUGUCGACAUGCCUGCUCCCGGGGACGAAGACGGUGCCAGCCGGGUCGAGCGCAACGGGGCUCUGAGCAGUCGCAGUUCCUGGCGCGGCGGCGAAGAUAGGCUGGGUAGCAGCUACACGGAUCGUGAUCGCGACCGCGAGCCUCGGGGGCCUCGCGAUAGCUGGGAG